GACAGUGACAGUUCGUGGCGAUUUGACUCCUUGUUUUCUUCUUUUUAAUAGUCAAUAAAAUAUUUUCGCAUUUAAAGUCCUUAUGUGCUAUCAUAUAUACUAAUUUGUAAGAAAACACUUAGUUAUAAUACGAUUUAUUUAAAAGUAACAAUAUGUUGGAAGCUGACGAAGUUGAUGUAGAUUUCUUUACACCAGUUACAAGCACAUCUUUAUCGAGAUUAUUUAGUAUUGAUAAACAUUUUGAAGAUAAAGAAGAUGCUUCUUUGAAAUACGUGCCACAACCAGUCCGAAAUGCUGCAUUGCAGAAACAGGAAGAACCUAAAGCUUCACAAAUAAUAUAUGCUAGUGUUUUUUACGCUUACGAAUGGACCAAUAAUGAAUAUGUAUCUAAAGGAAAAAUAGGUACUGCCAUAUUAAAAAAUCAAAAAACUGAGCAAUCUAAUAUUAUUUUGUAUGAUUCCAAUAAAGUUACAUUAUCAUGUACAAACAUAUCUCCACAAUUGAGGAUAGUUGUUAAGGAAAAUACAAAUUUAUCAUUUUAUGAUAACACAAGAAAAUAUUGGAGUUUAUAUGGUACUGAAGAAAACAUUUCUAAAUAUGUUGAGAAUUUAAAAUUGUCUGGGGUUAUUAUUGAAAAUUCAAAUAAGGACAGUAAAAGUCAGUCUGAAAUUAUGAAACAUGAAGUAAAUAACAUAUUAACUCAAAAUCCUACUGAUCAUAAAGAAAGUGAUACAGAUUCAUCUAUAAAUAAAAAAACUAAAGAUUCAAUUUUAAAAAGAAUGGCUACUAUGGGUCAUUCUGUUUUACCAAUGCCAUCUACAAAUUAUGCUAAGUCUAAUUCCUCAGAUUCUGAUGAAAGUUCUGAAAAAGUAAUAAGGCAUAAGCCUCAAAGAAGUACAGUAAAGUAUAAAACAUCUGAAAAGAUGGAUUGCACUGACAGUUGUACAGAAAUUAAUUGGAAAAAACCAAGUGCUGUAAUACAAAGCCCAGAAAAUGUUACAAUUGCUUCAUAUGAUCAUCGUAUUGUACCAUUAACAAGUUCUAAUAUAAUUAAUAACCCAAUUCUAAACAACUCAAGUGAAUUAAAUUUAUUUAUGUCUGAACAAAGGAUAAGCAAUAGUGAAAUAAGAAUAAAUAUGAACAGAAUGACGGAUAAACUGGAUAAAAUAUUAGACAACAUCCAAGGUGUGUGCAAUCAAGCAAGUAAUAAUAACAUUAGAAAUGAAAACAAUAUUGUUCAAAAAUUAUUAGUUGAAUAUGAAAAUAAAAUAAAAUUUUAUGAAGAUUUCAUAAUGUCAAAAGGAUUAGAUUGUAGUAUUUUAAAUUCAUCACAAAAGCUGGAAAAGGAGGACAUAAAUAUGAACAAAAAUAAAAUAACAGAUCUUGAAAACAUCAUUCACAAACAGGAAAAGGAAAAUUCUAGAUUGUGUAAUGAAUUAAGGACUUUGGAAGAAAAAUAUAAAACAAUAAGUAAGGAAAGAGAUGAGGAACACAAUAUUAAAACAAAAGAUGUGUUAUCCUUAAGAAAUGAACUAACUAUGAAAAAUGAGGAACUAAAAACAGUGAGAGAAGAAAUGGAAAGUUGUACAUUGCGGAAUAAAGAUGAUAUUAAAAACAAACUUAAAUCCAUAAUGAAUAGAACAUUCCAUGCUCUGUCUGCCAAUUUUGAUGUUGAAGAAAAUUACACUGGAACUGCUAUUAAAUCUUUACUUGCAAGUCUUAUUAAAAAAGAGACAAUGGAAGCAUUAAAUGAUGUGUAAAUGUAUUAUAAAUGUUAUAAAUAAAGUUUCAUUUCGUAUUCUAGAUUAAAUUAAUGGUAUAUUAGAUCAGCCAGAUACAUUUCUGGUUUCUUUGCUUGUGACCUGUUCAAUGUAUGAUUUUAUGUAGAGUAUUAUUACACCUCACAAUGCGCUUGCUAAAUAAAGAUUUCGUAAUGAGAAAAUUACGAACGAAAAAUCGUUCGCUGCGUUGAACCUUGAGGUUUAGGUACCUGUUCGUCUAGUUUCAGUCUGUAAAGUGCAAGGCCACGAAUUAAAUUAGUCAUUUUA